AGUCUUUGAUGAUAUUUCGCAGUAAACGGUUCGCAGUUUAUAAAAGAACAUAAAAUACCUAAUUGAUAAAGAAAAAUAUUUUUAUUUUAAGUUCUAUCAGGAAAAUUUAUCAUUAAAAAUGGAUUAUUUUGAAAUUAUGAAGAUAUUGGGAUUUAUCGUGACAGUUUUUGUGUUUUAUCGUCUUAUGGUUUAUGAAAGACGAGAUAAGACUAAAGGUCACUACACACGUCCCGCAUGGAAUUUCUUCUUGAAAAAACUCUACGCUGAAUACAAAAUCAAACAAAAACAAAAACGUAAUCAGCUGCGUGUUGAAAAUGAGUCAAAUCGAUAUGAAAUAGAAGCGCCGAAAAUUCUCCCAAACGAGGACAGCAGCGAUAGUCAACAAAUUUAUGGGACUGAUCAGGAAGGGAAUUCUCUGUUGAUUAAAUUUACUCGUCGUCGUCAUCGUGUUGCUGAACUUUGGCUUAUCAUGAGGUUAAGCAAUGGUCAUGUUUAUACAUUUGCUGAUCAUCCAAACACAAAAAUUGUAAAUGCAACGCCGAGAAUUUUUGAAGGCAGUGGAUUGAAAUUAGAAUGUUUGAGACCUUAUUCGAAAUGGAGAAUCACAUUUUCUGGAAUGCUAAGACGUGGAAUCGCUCAAGACAUCACAGACAGUGAAGAAAAUCUUCACUUUGUUCGAAUGAAUUUCAUUUGGACAACUGCAUCAAAUCCAGUAUUUUGGCCUAACGAUUGGAGUCCAAAAUUGAUAGCAACAUCACUUGCAACUGAGAAAUGGCGUGAUGGUAAAUGGAUGCAAUUGAUGACCAAGAAAGAUUCAGGUGGUUAUGAUCAAUAUGGAUCAUGUGCUGGUGAAGUGAAAGUUUAUGAUCAAGAUCAGUCACCGUAUGUCGAAGGAAUGUUACCAAAAAUAGAAAACUUCGAAUUGAAUUUACCGGGAAUUCGUCAGAGACGUUGGGGACCUCAUAAAAAUCAACAUUUACACCGAACUGGCGUUCUUUUAGGCAGCAUUGAGAACGGUUGUGCUUUUGAAGUUGGAGCUUUCAGUCACAAAUAUGGCUUAACACAUUCACAAUUUGGAAAUGUUCUUCUACCAAAUGGUGACAUUUAUCCAAUUGAUUGGACAGAUUUCAAUUUAGCAGCAUUGGGGGAAUAUCAAAAUCAUUUGCCAGAAGCAACGAUAGUAAUGAUUCAAGCAAAGAAACUUAAAUUAACUGUCAUGGUGAACUUUAAAAAUAACACAAAAGUUCCACUUUAUGGUGGAACACAAAAUGAAAGUUGGAAUGCUUUCAUAGUGUCGAUUGAAAUUAAGUUCAAUACUUUGAAUGGUCGUGGAGUUGCAAUAUUUUGGUAUCCUAAAAAUAUUCGUGAAUUUGACAUUCAAGAAAUUCCUACGAAGAUUAAAAGAAUUUUCAAUCGGAAAGAUCUUCCAUGUGCUGAUAAACUUUUGAUGUCAUUUGCUGACAAAGAAGCUCAAAGCGUGUUUGUUUCUGGUGGUAAGGGAUCAUCUCUAGCUAUAAUGCGAGUCAUUCAAGAGACAAAAGGAAAAGAUUUUCUCGAUAAACGUGAUCGAAGUCAACAAAUUGUAAAUGCAUUGAUCGAUCAAGUUGCAGCUAAGCCAUUGAAGAAAAGUUUUCGAGUUGAAAUGUUAAUGAAAGAAGGAGUUCCACAGAGAGGAAGACAACGUUCGGGAUCGUUGACUAACGCGAUAUUUCCCGAUCCACAUGACUUUGAUGUUCCUGAUUAUCAUGUACCUCAAGGUUUCAUUGUUAGUGUGUCUGCUUUCAUGCGUCACUUGAAACGUGAACCACAAAUUGGUAAACUUUUACUUGAACUUGAGAAUGUUGCAUAUGAACGAACUGUUGGUGACUUGAAAGAAAUUUGUAUCAAAGUACAAGAAGCUUUCAAAUCUUCUAAAUUGGACAAGUUUCUAAUUGAACUGAUUACACAAAAACUUAAUCAAAUCAACUAUGACGGUUCAGUUAGAUUUGCUGUAAGAUCAUCGGGUGUAACUGAAGACAAUGAAGAAACUUCUGCAGCUGGUCAAAAUGAAACUUUUCUUGGACUUAAAACAUAUGACGAUGUUCAUCUUGCAAUUCUUAAAUGUUGGGCGUCACUUUAUUCAUAUCAAAGUGUUUUAUAUCGAAAGCAACACAUUCAACCCGUUGUAUCAUCUAUGGCAGUUGUCGUUCAAAAAAUGAUUGCAGCUGAAGCUGCCGGAGUUCUUUUCACUCGACAUCCUUUGAAUGGUGAUCCAAGUGUCGUUGUUAUUACAGCCAACUAUGGACUUGGUGAAUCAGUCGUUUCUGGCAAAGCUGAUCCUGAUACUUUCUUUGUGAAACGAUCACAUAAAGACGAAGUUGAAUUGUUGGGAACUAAAGCUGGAACGAAGAAGUUUUUCAUGGAAAUGGAUGAAGAAAAGUCGACGAUCAAAGAAUCACAAAUUAAUGAAGAUCAAAUGAAUUCAUUAUGUUUGAGUGAAGAAAUUGUCUUGAAAUUAUCACAUCUCGGUGUGAUUAUGGAGAAAUUCUUUGGAACACCGCGCGAUAUUGAAUUCGCUGUAACAAACACAGGCAAGAUUUAUUUGUUACAAUCACGACCAAUAACAGCAUUAAACAAUUUCACUGAUUAUGAAAUCAUUCAUGAAAAUGAUUUUGCUGUAAUGAAUUCACAUGAAGUUACUACGAAAUCAAAUGUUGGUGAAGUUCUUCCUGGAGCCAUGUCGGUGCUUAAUCAAUCAUUGUUUGGUGAAGGUAUGGAUAAAGCCGUAGCUGUAGAUAAUUUUCGAAAGAAGAAUUACUUUGGACUAUAUCGUUAUGUAUUUGUCAUUAGUCAUCAUCAUCUUCUAAUGAAUGUUACAAAGUUAAUGUUUGAAAAUGCAAGUGAUGAUCCUGGAGCUGUUGAGAGAUUGUCUUCAUUGAGUGUUUAUGGAUGUGACAUUUAUGAAAAGUAUCCCCAAAUCAUUGACUAUGGAAAAGAUUACAGAUCAUACGUUUUGGAGCGUACUUCAGCUAUGUUGUCUGUUAUGUUAGCAUCAUUAUUCAAAAAUGAUGAACGUAUAGGUGAAGCAAGAGAAUAUCUUGAAAACGUAAAAAAUAAAUUCUCACGUGAAAGACUAGAAAAGUUAAAAACAUCGUCAGAUAUUUGCGAUUUGAUUGAGAAUGUUCAGAGUGAUUUGAAAGCUAUUGGCGACACACAUAUGAAAACAUCACAAAAUGGAAUGCUUUACCAAAUGGUGAUUUACAAGAUUCUCGCUAAGGGAGCGAACACAUUGAGCUCUGAUAACUUGAAUGAUGUAAGUUUAAUUCUCAGCUCAUUGGGAAAUGUUGAAUCAGCAAAUAUUCCUGAAAUGAUAAGAGAAAUUGCAAGUACAAUUAUUCUAUCGAAUAAGCAAGAAGAAUUCUUAAAAGUUGAUAGAAAAGAUGCCGUUGAAUGGCUUGAAAACAAUUGUGAAGCAGCUCACAAAAUAUUCUUGAACUUUUUAAAACGUCACGGUCAUCGUGGAAUUAAUGAGAUGGAUGUGAUUUCAAAACCUUGGGAAAGACAACCGGAAGGAGUCAUCGAUAUGAUCAAACUCAAUGUGAGUACUUUAGCUGCUCCGUCAAGUGGAAAAAUAUCAAAAACACCAACAACAGAAGAAAUAAUUGAAAACUUGAAAACACCACUCGGAUCAAUUGCUAAAUUUUUCAUGGCAAAACUUAUUCCGAGAUGUCAAAAAGGAGUUCGAAAUCGGGAAAUUACAAAAAGUUUUUGCGUAGCGAAUGCAAAUGAGAUGCGAAGAGGAAUUUAUUAUCUUGCAGAAGUCAUGAUGCAUGAAGGACUUCUACCUGAAAGAGACCUCAUUUUUCAUUUAUCAUUUACUGAAAUUAAAGACAUUAUUGCAAGUAGAGAUGGCAAACAUAUUGCAAAAGCUUUCAGACGACAAAAAUUGUUCCCCAUGUUAAAUACUUUGAAAUUUCCUGAAAUGAGUUUCGGUGUACCACAAGCGUUGUCAAACGAUAUUAAUAACAAUAAUGAAGCUGCUUCUGAAGGAAGCGUUUUAGUAAGCGGAAUACCCGUUUGUGGUGGAAUUGUGACGGGUAAAGCGUGCGUCUGUAAAAGUUUCGCUGACGCCAAUCAAAUCCAAAAAGGCGAUAUUUUAGUAACUUUCGGUACCGAUACUGCUUGGUCUCCUUAUUUUCCUAUUUUAGGAGGUGUCUGCACCGAAAUUGGUGGAAUCAUUUCCCACGGAGCUGUUGUAGCAAGGGAAUAUGGAUUGCCAUGCAUAAUUGGCGCUGAUUCGGCGACUUACAAAAUUAAACAUGGUCAAAAAGUCACUUUAAAUGCAAAUAAUGGUCGAAUAACUUUAGCUGCUGAAUAAUUUUGAAAUUAUUAUUUUAAUACAAUAAACAUUUAAAUUAUGAAA